UUUGCACUCUCACGGUAUAUAGCUCCGGCUCAAACUUUGCUUUUGCCUUCAUAUGUAGAAGCUGAUUUGUUGAGAAAUAUAGCUUUUUACUUUGAAUUCUCUGUUGGACUUUGGGGGUUAGUGGAGGUCAUCCAUGUUUCGGCUCUGGAGGACAAGAAAUAGAGAAAAGAAGAAAUAAUGCCAAUGCUGGACCGACCCUUGGAUUCUUCAAGCACCACAUCAGGGAGAUGGGAGUUAUUCAAAGAUCCAUAAAGAGGAAAUGGUAACAGAGAGAGACAGAGAGAAGAGGAUGGCUGCCUUUGGAGAAAUGAACUUGCUGUCAAGGUAAUAAGCAAUGUGUGAACCUGUUAACUAGGCGUAUUCUCUCUGACCUUAAUUUAAACUGGGGAUUAGCCAUCUCAUCACAGUUCUUGGUGAGAAGCCAAAGCUUGUUUUGCCUUUGGCAAACUCAAAAGAAGGAUUGGAAAGAAAAGUAGCUGCUCAUUCCCUCGGAGAAAGCUUUGCAUAUAUCCUUUGGCAAGGAACUUGAAUUGAUUAAAAGGCUAAUUUAUUUGGACCGACUUCAAGAAAAGAAAAACACACUGCAUUUACAUGUAUUACCGUAAUGGAUUUGGAUCAGUUCUACUGCUUAACCCAGGAGCAUCGUGUUUAUCUACCUGAAUCCAGCUCUUCAAAGGACCCAAGAACUUAUUGAUAGUCUCCGUCCUCGCAGGCAAUGGAGCUUCGUAAGAGACUUAAGCGGAACAAGCUAAAACACAAGUUUGGCCUUUCACAAGAUGCACCAUCUGAGGGGAGAUGCAGCAGUAACAUGAUGUUGGGGACAGCAAGAUCUCAUGGCCCCCAGGAGGGGGAUAGAAGGAACGUUUCUCUGUUUGGAGGAUCAGGGACUUGUUCCGGUUCAGGCAACCCCCAACGGUGGCCUUGGGGACUGCGUGUUUCCAUGGCAACAGGGCUGUUUCUGGCUGUCCUGCUGGCGGGGACUCAGGCCUGGUGCGUUAACUCCUUACAUGAGAAUCUGCUGUGGUUCUCUCAGCUCAUGGAAGUGGAGCGGGAGAUUUCCUUUCGAACAGAGUGCGGACUGUACUAUUCCUACUACAAGCAAAUGUUGCAGGCCCCGACCAUACAGGAAGGGCUCUCUGAUUUGAUCCAUGACAACUUGACAGAAUCCAAGAGGACCAUUAAUCUCCUACAGCGAAUGAAUAUCUACCAAGAGGUCUUUCUCAGUGUUCUCUACAGAUUGCUGCCCAUUCAGUCGUAUCUGGAGCCAGUGUAUUUCUACAUUUACACAGUGUUCUCGCUCCAAGCGGUGUAUGUGAUCGCUCUGUACCUCACAGCAUGGCUCCUCUCUGGUUCCUGGCUGGCUGGUGCGCUCACUGGGGUCUGGUACAUCCUCAACAGGGUAGAUACCACUCGUGUGGAGUUCACCAUCUCCCUCAGAGAGAACUGGUCUUUGCCCUUCCUAGCACUGCAGGUCGCUGCUAUCACAUGUUACCUCCGGCCUCAGCUCACUGCCUUACAGCAGAAGGUGAUGGUGUGGUUGAUGUAUGUCACAACAUUCUGCUUCUGUCUGACGUGGCAGUUCAACCAGUUCAUCCUACUUGUUCAGGCCCUCAUCAUAUACACCCUGGACUGUAUCGACUUUUUAACAACUACACAGGUGACCACUCUGUACCUUGUUCAAGUGUGCGGUCUGCUGAGCGUGUGGCUCCUUCAGUUCUGUAACUCCAUGAUACUGGGAUCACUGGUCCUGAGCUUCAUCGUAGCUGCACUCUUCAUCAGACACUGCCAGUCUGGACUGAAGACAGGAAGCCCGCUGGCUCGUCUGGGCAAACUGCUUCUCCACACUGCCAUGGUUCUUCUCCUCACCUUCACCAUCAACUACCUAGCCAAGCAAGUUCUUCAGCUCAGAUCAGACGAGCACAUCUUUAAAUUCAUCAAGUCAAAGUUCGCCUUGGGGCAAACAAGGGAUUUUGAUGCCAGUCUGUAUCUGUGUGAGGAAGCCUUCGGCGUGCUGCCCCUCGACACACUGGAGCGGCUGGCUGGUACGCUCCUGCUGUAUCCCUACAUCCUCACCCUGCUGCUGCUCAGUGGCAUGCUGGUGGUGAGCGCAUUGCAAAACCUGAGGGCCAAAGGAGUUUCAGUUGAGGAGAGGAAAGGAGCAGAAGGGCGCAUGGUUGCUCUCCGUCCAGAUGUGGCCUAUAAUGUGUUGCAUACGCUUUUCUACGGUCUCCUGGCUAUCAGCACUAUGAGGAUGAAGUAUAUAUGGACUGGUCAUAUGUGUGCGAUCGCAGCAUAUGGUGUGUGCGGGACGGAGCUGUGGACUCCUCUUCUCACCACUCUCCGCUGCAACAGUAAAGUUCUGUUACGCUUCGUCAGAUAUGCAGUUCCACUGGCGAUGAUGGCCUGCCUGUAUUACAAGUUCUGGCCUAAGCUGAUGGAGGAGGUAUCAGAACUGAGGGAGUUUCAUGAUCCAGACACUGUGGAGCUCAUGACCUGGAUUAGCACAAAUACCCAUAAGGGGGCUGUAUUCGCAGGGAGCAUGCAGCUGCUGGCUGGCAUCAAGCUGUGCACAGGCAGAGUUCUCACCAACCACCCCCAUUAUGAAGAUAAAGACCUGCGUGAGAGGACCAGACAGGUGUAUCAGGUGUAUGCUCGUCAGUCCCCGGAAGACGUCCAUGAGAUCCUGAGGGCUGCCGGAGCCGACUACGUGGUGCUGGAGAACAGCAUCUGUUACGAGCGGAGGCACAGGCGAGGCUGCAGACUGCGGGACCUGCUCGACCUGGCCAACGGACAUAUCAUGGAUGGACCGGGAGAGAAUGACCCAGACCUUGUCCCUGCCUCCCACCCUCGAUUUUGCGAGGCCAUCAAGACGGACCCAGCAGGUUACACCGCUCUGUUCACCAGAACAUUCCAGAACAAAACCUUCCACGUGUACCGGGUCAAGAAGAAACGCAAGAAAAGUGCCAAGACUUUGUCAGAGCCCGGUGCGACUCAAUAAAAGGAGCCGGGCUGUAAGAAACCCCCCGUCAGAGGCCAGAGAGGAGAGAGACGGAGGAGAGGAAGACAUAAAAGCACUGAAUCCUCGCUGUUCUUCUGUCUGUCGCACAGUGCCCAGCUGUGAUCAUGCCCAUUAUUUUUUAACACACGGCUCUGUGAACUGUGGUGAUGGAGCGGUGAGCCGGUUCAAGCUUGGGGCUGCAUUGUUUUAGUUAGAGGAGUGUGGGAGCAUCUGUAGAGGGUCCUGCUUUGGGUUGUUUCUGUCUCCACCUGUCCACCUGCUCUCCUCCCAGCUCUCACCGCCACAGAUAAAAUGAGACAGAAACAAUUGGAAACAGGCGGAGUCUGGAACGACUAACCACUAAUGAUUUAGUGUCAUAUGAAGUCACCAUUGCCAUUUCCACACAGUGCAUCAUGAAAGAAGGAUGAAAGUCAUGGCUCCUGUACUUCUGAGUUAUUAAAAUAAUUGGUUUGGGGCUCAAAAGCAUUCGACAGCCAACAUCAGAUCAGAACCCUCUAGAAUUUGUUAUCACUUUUAUUUUUUUACUUUAGCUAUUGAUAUUUGACGAUGAAAUACUCGCCACAUACUGAUGAACAGAGCAUUUUUCUGGAUAUGCAGUAUAUUACAGAUCUUUUUUACUUGUUGAAAGAUGAGGAGAAAAAUUGAAGAAUUGCCAAAAGAUUUUGUUGAUCUCAUCAAAUAUGUUCAAGGAGUUUUAGCUAGAUCCCCGAUGGAGCUCACUAUAGGAGCCCAACCGUCUUUAACAGUUUUUCUGUUAUGAAAGUUCAAGUUUGAGCCACUGCAGUGAUGGAAAUUCAUACUGCCAGUUAGUGAAAUUGCUAUAUUUGCAGAGUGUGGAUCAAAACUGAAGCAAUGGGCUCUUUCUUAUUAUCCCAAUUUUAGACAAAACAACUAAAGAAGCACUGUAGUGAGUGUUAAGGCCUGGUCACACCAGAAAAGAGAUGUAAACAUUUUUUUUUCCAAAACUUUGCUGCUUUCGUAACUACCUGAAGGGCUUCUUUGUGAGCUAGCAUAGCUUAAUGAGCUAUCAUCUAACACAUUAGCUAGCUAAGACUUGCUAGAUGGUCACAAUACCUUCUCUGGACUGACAUUAGUCCAAGAUAUUACAUUUCUUUCAAUAAAGAGUUUUAUUCAAGACAAAACAAGCAAACUGGCGAUGUAGCCAGGUGGAGAAUAGAACAAUACAAUAGUUACCACGUUUGUAGUAUUACUAAUGCUCGUUGAGAAGUUUUUCUUAUCAGGGGAGACCAUUUUGGACUCCCCUGAUAAGGGGCUUCCUUCCCACAAAAGCCACUGUAAUGAAUUAAUUGUAUUCUAAAGGCUCUGGUUUGUCUAUGAUUUUCAUCCACAGCAUGUUUAGGACUGAACAUUUGUGUUCAUUUAAAAGUGCAAAUUUUACUCUUGACAUUGGAUGUAACAAUAUAAUCCCAACUGAAGGUCCACUUACCAGACGGGCUCUCAGACAUGCAGUGGGCUCCAGAUUAUCUCCUGAAGUUAUUCGAAGGGGCAAUGCAAAUGUCCGAGCUAGUUGCCGUCUUAGUUUGAAUACAAACUAUGGGAAAUUUCCAGAUGAGCCCAUUUGAGAACACAGCAGAAGAAUCUCCAGAGGAUUCACAUUGAGCGAGCGGGCAUGUGGAGGUUUCUAACAUGUCACAUGAUGUGAAACUAAAAAAACUAACAAAGAGAAUACAAACAUCUCCGGGUGAAAAAGUGGAGCCAUAGAUGUAGAAGACACCGACAAAAAUGUCACCUUGAAAAGACUUUGAGAUUCGAGUCGAUGUCGCUGUAAACAAAAACACGUGAUCUCCACAGCAGAAUUAAGAUGCAUUCCCCUCACGUCAACACCUAGACCUGUGUUGUGAACGUGCCUGAGCGUAGAAUGUCCUGCUGCGUUGUUCAUGUGUGAACCUGACUGUGUACUGUGUUGUCAAACUACUAUCUCUGUGAUCACAGAUCAGACACAAUGAAAUGCUUAUUCCAGUAUUUUCCCGAAUUUGGGGUCAUUUUUAAAAAGAAUAGCCCAUUGCUUGAGCAUGUUUGCCUCCUCAGUGAUAGAUGGUCUCAAUAACCCCGAAAAACAAGACAGAAAUAACUUUGUUUUUUCAUUCUGGCCUUGGUGGAAACAGGUUCCCCCCGCAGCCUAAAUGUCUUUCUGCUGUAAAAACAGGUCAAAGCUGGUACCAAGUGAUAUUUGUGACAGUGUUGUUGUUGUUGUUGUUGUGAUUGCCGUCAUGUGUUUCUUUCCCGUUCUUUCUCCUGCAGGCUCUGUGAUUCUCAUCAGCAGCAGCCACAACCUUUUCCCUCUCUGUGUUCUCUCUCUGUCUCACACACACGCAGCCACAAUCACACAUGAAUAAUGUAAGUGGCGAGGAAAUUGCAGCAGGCUGACAACGACGCUGAUUCCCCGCCGCAAUCCAAAAUAGUUUGUGAGGGAGAGAAAGGGAGAGGGCCAACACUUGCAUAUCAAACUCCGGCUUUGUGGUUAGAGAGGAGAGAGGGGGGGAGGAGAGGGGAGGCUAGAGAAGAGGCUCAUGUUUAAACAGCAGCAGACGAGGGAUGAGGAGUGCAUCAGAACACAGAUUCACAAUGAUCCCAACCUCUCCCGGGUUUUCUUUUUCUCCUCUCAAAUGAAAGGGAGCGCAGGGGAGGUGAUUGAGCUGCUGGUACGAUGUCGAUAAUUAUUGAUCGGCAACUUGAUGCCACAUUGGGCCGUUAUGUGGGAAUGACACACACAAACACACACAUAUACACACACACUUCCUCUCUCUCAUCUCAGUCAGCCUGUAUUUGUUCACUUGUUAAUAAGGACCUGUGUCUUUGAUAAUCCACACCUUCGCUGACGCACGAACUCUCCUGCUGAGCUGUUGUGGGGCUUUUCGUAACGUGUUAGUUAGCCGCGCAGCCACAUCGUAAUGCAUACAAAUCCGAUCAGUGCGAGGCGGCGGCGCUCACCCCCCCCUCGCCUCCAUAUUGGAUGUUAAAUUUAGAAGAUGUCUGAUUGCUUUAUUUGAACGAAGUGAUUCCAUUAUGUUUGCCUAAUAAGAGUGUACUAAUGUGAUUUUUUAUUCAGCAUUGUUAAUUUCCAUACAUAUUGGGAUUAGUAGUUCAUUCGAAGACGUGCUGUCUGCCUAUGGUUUCCGUAAUGAAAGUGAGAUGAAGAAAGCCAUUAAGUUGUGUGCACAUAGAAUUCAGCUCAACACUCCAUUGAGCCUCGUAAAGAACAAGUACAUGUUGCUGAAUCAAAUGCAGCCACUUGAAUUCUGUCUGUUUGUCUGAAUCGUUUUAGAGAAAGAAGGCGAGAGUAGGUUAUUUCUGUUAUCACAGAUCAGAGUUUCUUUUUGCACAUGUGUGACCUAAACAGUACUUGGUUGUUGGUUUUAAUGUGUUUGUGUUAUUAUCACAAGCAGAAGGAACAGCUGAGACUGAUACAUUUCUCAUUGGCCAAACAUGUCAAUCGUCUCAUUACCUGGUUAUAUAUGCUGCUGACUGGCUCAGAUUUAAAUGUUGAUGAAAGUAUAAAGAGGAUUUAUAUUUCUGACCAGCUGAAGUUCUGCUGCAUGUGCCAUCCUUAGACGAGUUAUUUCCUCGGAGCGUCGAUACAGAGGCUUCUGGCUGAGUCUGUGCCAUUUAAAAACAUUGCAACUAUUUGUGAAUGUGACAUUUCCACUGGGAGGGUAAGGGUUUUCAUAGCGUGUGUUGACAGACCACUUUAUCCUGUGCUCACACUGGUACUCCAGAAGUGACAGACAGGAAACUGUUGCACCUUGUGACCCUGAACAUUAUCAUGUUGAGCACAGGCACUGAUACAGUCAUACGGUCUGAGUGGAAACAGAUGACUUCUGGGUUUAAAUAAAAAAAAUGGUAUCGUAUGUUUGUGAGUGCCUUUGGCUAUUUCCUCAAUUUUUUUUAACUCAUGUUGUUCAGCUGGGUUUUCUACUGGAGGACAUUUUUCAUAUUAGACAUCAAACACACUAGUGAAUGUUUACAACCCAAACAAAACUGUUUUCGUGCCAAGCAAAGUACUGGUGGAAGUGAUAUGUAAGAUAACCUGAGUUUUUCAAUGCCAGUGGUAGUUAUUAGAUAUAUCUAUGUUCAAUGGCAGUAUGACCAAUAAAAGUAUUUCUUUUUCA